AUGGACAUCCAAGCAGCAGAAGCAAAUGUAUUGGAGCUGCAAGACUUGCCAAUCCCAGGCCAUCCGCCGACCCGGAAAGACUGGGAGGCUUACCGAGCCGUGAUCACGAAAUGGUACAAGGUCAACUCGUGCACAGGAAGGUGGAUAUGUAAGACAUUGAGAGCAAAGCAAUUCGUUGCCAGCGAGAAAAUGCUUCGUGACCGCUUCCGUGAGUGGGGCCUAAAUGACAAGAAUGUCAGGAGAAAGCCAGCUACGCCGGACAACAACACGCUCGUUGUCAGACGAAGACGUCCAUCUGUGGUGAAGCAUACGAGAUGCUCUGACAAGAACUCUGUGACUUUCGACUUGAAACAUGUGGCAACGAUUCACCACGGAUGCUCGGCAAGACCUGCUGUAACUCCAUCUGGCGAAGAGCAGACUCUUCGAGCAUUGCGUGCAGUCGCAUACUUUCUGGACAAAUGUUGUGCAACAUGCGAUCCACAGAUCACGGCCGCGGAUCCAAUGUGGGAGCUGAUGCGAGACUACUGGCAGGGCUUCUAUUUUAUGGACAUUGGCGACAUCAUUCAAGACACUUUGUAUCAGGAAAUUUCCAAAGAAGAAACGUGGCCGACUUUCUGGAAUGCCGCAACAGCUUCGAGAAGCAGUUAUGGUCAACGGCCGACUCCAAGUGAUCAAGUCGAUAUCUGCUUUGACUGUGCUUUCGCGGGUAGGCAUUGCUUGCACAAAGCACACGAGCUUCAAGAGCGUGAAAUCCACGCAGAUACAGUCGUUUCGAGCGGAAGUGCGUUGAGCAAUGUGCCGCAUCCAAGAAGUCCUGGCCCGGUUUGCAAGGAGAAGUUGUCAAAAGAGCAGAAGCUCGCAUUUCAAACUGCUCGUCAAACAAGCUUCGAGGUCAUGCCUGUGGUCACUUCAUUCCUCAUACAGGAAUCGGUUAACAUUCACGGGCCAGAACACCCUAUGACGCUGCUUCUGCGAGCAUUUCAUGAUUCGGAAGAAGUCGACGCUCUGUGCGACGGGAUUGUCAGAAUUCUGUGCCACAGGUUCUUGAACGCCUCAUGUAUCGACUCAGAGGCUACUGUCAGGCUUCUUCAUUCAUGCGCCUGGAUACUCCUCGAGCAAGACCAGCACCAUCAGCUCGAACAGCUUUACGAGCAGUGGAAGUCGCAAUCUAAAACUGGACUUUCAUGGGACAUGAUGCGCAUUCUGGCUUUGUCGAAGAUGGAGCAAGGUCUUUUCGAGGACGCGCAAAUAUACAUGCUCAGUGCUUGGACCAGUCUUUGUGAGCGUGGACAACCAAUGCCCGACAGGUGGCUCAAGCUUCUCGGAAACAGAGCUUAUCUGAGCCUGCUCAUGGGCAGACUAUCCGAAUGCCGAGCAGAUCUGGACAGAGCUUCGGAAUUUCUAGACUGCAACUCAGACACUCCAUUGUGGCACCGAAGCAACAUCAAUCAGCUCUACGUCAAACUGAAAAUGCGCGAAGAGAUCACCUGA